UGAGAGUUAAUGUGGGUGUUGAAGGAUAUGCCAUGCUUGAAGUUCAGAAAGCUGACGUCUCAGUCCAUCGGCACGUAGUCCGUUCAGCCACUUCCUCUGAACGCAGAGUGAGGCAACCAGAAACAAGCAGGAGAGACAGACAGAAAAGCUCCAUUCAGACAGACAGAGAGACGAGGAGGGAGAGUCAUGAAUUCACAGAGGACAGGUGUGUUUGUGCUGUUCGUGCUCCUGGCGCCUGUUUCCGCCCAAGAAAUUUUUUUCACUCACCCGGUCAUCUGCUACUUCCUGGAUGCGUUCCUGGUUGUUUACUGCAUCACUGCCACGGCGCUCUUCUUCAAAGAAAAGUUUUCCUCCGUCCCAUCUGGUAGAGCGCCAGCAGAUGAUGGAGGCAUUUACCAGGAGCUCACCAGACCGGCGGAUACUGAUACGUACCAUGUGCUUGAACUGUCGAAAGGAAAAAAAAAAGGCAAGAAAAAGAAAUCUGAGUCGACCUCAGCUGAGGAGAAGGACAAAGAUCCCUAUGAGUCUCUGAUCCCCAACGGCUCGGCUCCACCGCCUCAAUCCCCCCAGUGAAGUCCAUCACGGUCAAGAGCAGCAGGCGGGGAAAAGUUCCAUUGAAGGGGCCCUCACCAAAUCUACCUUACUCAUAUCAAUGCAUGUGCAUGCGCCGUCUCUCCCACUACACACAUAUUGUUACAUUUUUGUUUUGUUUUUGUGAACUUGGACAUUGAUAUCAAACAGUCCAAAAAAACAGUUAUAUCAUUCACAUAAGCUAAGAUGAAUGAGGGCAGCAAUCAAACAAAUGAAAUGAAAUGUAAAAUCUGACAACUGGAUUUUAUCCUGAAUAAUCUUGGAAACUG